CCAAGUAUUUUCCAGAACGAAGACUUUGUCAAGCAUGGGUUUUUAUAAGACAUCACAAAAUAACUACUCAUCAACAUCUCUAUUGUUCUAGCUUUGUUGUAAUUCAAACCAUGGCUUCCUUAACCCUCCUUAUACCAACACUUAUCUGUCUUCAAUUUCAUUUUCUUUCAUUCGCUUUUGCAGAAGUUGAUGUCGGUUCCACGAUUUCCACCGACAACAAUGGAGUGUGGCGUUCACCUUCUGGUCAUUUUGCAUUUGGGUUUCGCCCAUUGAAUAAUAACACGGAUCCCAAUACAAAGCUGUUCAUGGUUGCCAUCUGGUACGACAUGAUACCCGACAAGACCGUUGUUUGGAGUUUAAAAACAGACAACAAACUUGCAACAGCACCAGCGGGAUCACAGUUUGGGAUUACUUCGGCGGGGCUAACACUGACCGGUCCCAAAGGAGAUUCCAUGUGGACAUUAAACCUGUCAAGUGUUGUCUCCGUAGGUUCUAUGCUUGAUACUGGCAACUUUAUUCUACUGACCGAGAGCUCUGAAAAGGUGUGGCAAAGUUUUGAGCACCCCACCGACACUUUGUUGCCUACUCAAUCUCUCCAACCUGAAGGCACGCUAAUAUCUCGAUUAACAGACACUAAUUACACGACUGGAAGGUUUCAACUUUAUUUUAAGGAUGGUAAUGUCUUACUGAGUCCUCUUGCAUGGCCUUCUCUACUGCCUUACGACCCUUACUAUAUGUUGGAUGCCUCUGGUGCUGCUUCAACAUUACUGUUCAAUGAGUCGGGGAAUAUCUACGUAAACACCACAAAUGGGACUAUAAUCCAACCUCAAGGUUCCCAAUGGAAUAUCUCGGAUCUCGAUCCUGAGGUGAAUUACUACAGAGCAACGCUUGACUUCACUGGAGUUUUCACCCAGUAUUAUCAUCCACGGAACAACACUGCUCAGUCAGGGUGGAGAAUCAUGAGGUAUGUUCCUGACAACGUUUGCAAUGCAAUAGGUUAUCAGUAUGGUAGCGGUUCCUGUGGCUACAAUAGCUACUGCUCCAUGGAAAAUCAGAGGCCUACCUGCAAAUGCCCUUAUGGGUAUUCGCUGCUGGAUCCAGGUAAUCAAUUUGGUGGAUGCCAACCCAAUUUCACCCUUGCUUGUGGAGCUGAUGUUCAAACACCGCCAGAAGAACUAUAUGAAAUGCAUGCAUCUCAAGAUUUUAAUUUUCCUCAGGGGGAUUAUGAAAGGAUACAACCUUAUUCUAGGCAGGAAUGCCAGCAAUUUUGCCUGCAGGAUUGCACGUGUGCUAUGGCCAUUUUAGGAGGCGAUACAUGUUGGCUGAAGAGAUUUCCCCUUGGUAACGGUAGACAAGUAGCCGUCACAGAUAAUCAUGUUGUCUAUAUUAAAACAAGAGUUAUUCGCGACUUUUAUACAGGUGCAAACGGGGAACCUUCUCCUCCUCCGGAUUUAAAGAUAGAACAUAAAGCUAAGCUGUUUCUUUUGGGACCGCUAAUUGGUUCUCUUGUCCUAAACAGUAUUCUCUUUGCUACAGUUGCGUUGUUUAUUCUCAAGAAGCAGAAAGCUAAUAAGAUUUCCAAAGCCGCCCGUAGUCCUUUGGAAACGAAUUUGCAUUCGUUUACUUAUGAAAAUUUGAAAAAGGCCACAGAGAAUUUUCAGGAGGAAAUAGGCAGAGGUUCUUAUGGCAUUGUUUACAAAGGACAACUAGAAGCAGGUUCUUGUCAUGUGAUUGCUGUGAAGAGAUUGGACAGAUUGGUAGACGAACGAGAGAAAGAAUUUAGGACUGAAUUGAGUUCCAUCGGUAGAACCUGCCACAAAAAUCUGGUCAGGUUAAUCGGAUUUUGUGACGAGGGAAUCAAUAGAAUACUGGUGUACGAGUUCAUGAGCAACGGCAGUCUUGCAGACAUCCUGUUUGGGAAAUCCAAACCCAGAUGGAAUGUAAGAGUUGGAUUUGCUUUGGGGAUUGCAAGAGGGUUGGUAUACUUGCACGAAGAGUGUGAGGCUCCCAUUAUUCAUUGUGAUAUAAAACCUCAAAAUAUACUGAUAGACGAGUAUUUCAAUCCAAAGAUAUCAGACUUUGGGUUGGCCAAGUUGUUGCUGUCUGAGCAAAGUAGAACGACGACAAUGAUCCGAGGAACACGAGGAUACGUGGCUCCUGAAUGGUUUAAGAAUGUUGCUGUGACGGUUAAAGUGGAUGUUUACAGCUUUGGGGUAAUGCUGUUGGAAAUAAUUUGCAGCAGAAGAAGUGUGUUAAUGAUGGAGCCUGGGGAAGAAGAGAAAGCAGUGCUUUCAGAUUGGGCUUGUGAUUGCUUUGUGGAAGGAAGAAUAGAUGUUCUUGUGGAGAACGAUGAAGAGGCCUUAUCUGACUAUGUGAGGCUACAAAAAUGGGUGAAAAUUGCAAUAUGGUGCAUUCAUGAGGAACCUCAGAUGAGACCGACAAUGGGGAUUGUCAUGCAAAUGCUCGAAGGCGUCGUUGAAGUUCCUAACCCACCAUCUCUCAUGCGUAGUUGAUAUCACUAUUUUUUCAUGCAUUUUUUGUGUAUCUUUGUUCGCAUUUCUUUAACCAAAUAACACUACUUUUCAUUUUA